UCUAGUCUGAUGACACCAGUCAGAGGGAGAGCAUCUGACCUCGGCGCCAGCACACAGCUGCCUCUCGGGGAGACAGACUUCCCUCUCACACCCCGUCCCAGCGCUGCUGAUACAUAGUAGGGGGACCCAGGUGGAAGCAGCUCAGCCAGGGGGUAAUGACUGGAUAUACCCGCACGCUGUCAGAUCAGACACCGCUUACUGAUUGCUGACUCUUGGACUGUGAUGCUACAGUGGGCAGAGCUAUACACUUAUCUGCCCUAUGCUAAUCAGCGCUGCUGCUGCUGCAGGUGAUAAAGCUGCCGGCUGUAGUACAGGAGAGGCUUUUCUCUCUCCACUCUGCCUGCAUAUACCACUCAGCCUGGGGAUUACUAUAUGACCGCUGCUGCUGAACUUCAGCAUGAGAACUAAGGCAGACAAGUCCCCUUUGAAAGCUUUCAUGAAACAGAGGAGGAUGGGACUCAAUGACUUCAUUCAGAAGAUCUCCACCAACAGCUACGCCUGCAAGCAUCCUGAAGUGCAAUCUAUCUUGAAUAUUUCUCAAGCUCAAGAGCCAGAAUUACUGAAUGGAAAUUCCUCUCCCCCACCAAGCCCAUCCCAACAAAUCAACCUUGGUCCUUCAUCAAACCCACAAGCAAAGCCAUCUGACUUUCAGUUCUUAAAAAUCAUUGGGAAGGGAAGCUUUGGAAAAGUACUUUUAGCGAGACACAAAGCCGAUGAGAAAUUCUACGCAGUUAAAGUCUUACAGAAGAAAGCAAUUCUCAAGAAAAAAGAGGAGAAACACAUAAUGUCUGAACGUAACGUACUGUUAAAAAAUGUGAAACAUCCUUUCCUGGUUGGGCUCCACUUCUCUUUCCAGACGGCCAGCAGAUUAUACUUUAUUCUGGAUUACAUCAAUGGUGGAGAGCUAUUCUACCAUCUCCAGAGAGAACGUUGCUUCCUGGAACCUCGAGCUCGAUUCUAUGCAGCUGAAAUUGCCAGUGCACUGGGAUACUUGCAUUCUCUGAAUAUUGUUUAUAGAGACUUGAAACCUGAAAACAUAUUACUGGAUUCACAAGGACACAUUGUUCUAACUGAUUUUGGACUUUGUAAAGAGAACAUUGAGCCCAAUGGCACAACCUCUACUUUCUGUGGCACACCUGAGUACCUUGCACCAGAAGUUCUUCACAAACAGCCAUAUGACAGGACUGUUGACUGGUGGUGUUUAGGAGCAGUUUUGUACGAGAUGCUGUAUGGCCUGCCACCAUUUUACAGCCGAAACACAGCAGAAAUGUAUGAUAACAUCUUGAAUAAACCACUACAGCUGAAACCAAACAUAACCAACUCAGCCAGAAACCUUCUAGAAGGUCUUCUGCAGAAAGAUCGGACUAAAAGAAUUGGUGCAAAGAAUGACUUUAUGGAGAUUAAGAACCACAUCUUUUUCACUCCAAUUAACUGGGAUGAUCUCAUCAAUAAGAAGAUUACCCCUCCUUUUAACCCAAAUGUGAGUGGCCCAAGUGAUUUGCAACACUUUGAUCCUGAAUUCACAGAAGAACCAGUUCCGAAUUCAAUUGGUCAGUCACCUGACAGCAUCCUCAUAACAGCCAGCAUUAAGGAGGCAGCAGAAGCUUUUAUGGGCUUCUCCUAUGCACCACCUAUGGAAUCUUUCCUUUGAGUAAUGCUCUUUUAUUGUGGCCAUUAUCAGUCAAGUCACUUUGAUCGAGGGUUUUUUUUUCCUAAGAAGAAAAAAAAAAAGUAUUGCACAUCCUUCAUGACAGCAUCACAGCCUUAAUUUCAAUACCACCAGUUUUUCUGGAAGAACGCACAGUGGAGCUUAGUCAACGAGGGAAAAGUGACUUUAAUAUGGGCAAGGCAGUGAGUUACUCACAGCUAGUGUCUAAAGAACCAGAUCUGCAAGUGUGAAUGCAGGUCCUAGACUUUGUACACCGACAGAGGAAUAUACAGUAUGAAGAGUGGAGACGAAGAGGCAUCGGAGUUUAUUUGUGUAGUAUGUUUUUGUUUUUCAACGUGCCUUUCUCAAUUCAGAGAUCCAGUGUAGUCUGAGAAUUGUCCACAAGAGAUGGAGGUUCUUGGGUGUGGCGACUCUGGUUUCACAAGUGAACAAUGGUAUGAGUGUGAUGAUUAUCACAGUAUAACUGUGGCUGUCUCACACCUUAAUGUGACACUAAUUCUGGGGCAUUAUACCUUUUUUCUUCCAUAUGUGGAAGCUAAAUGUAAUGUAAAUCUUGUUUUGUUUAGAUAGUACUAACUAAGUGUAAUGCCAUUGGCUUGCAGAGAUCUUUGUUUAUUAAUGCUUGAAGUAAAAGCAUUGCUGCUAUUCAGAUUUCUAUUUUUAGAAAUGGUUUUAUGGACCAAAAUGCCCCACAUUUAGUUGUUCAAAGCUGUAAUAUGUGGUUUAAAAUACAUUAUUUAUGUUAUUUUUUGACAUUCCUGACCAUCUUUGUGUAUAUUGUACAUAAACAAGAGCUGUAUAUUUAAACUGACAGAUGUACUUCUAAGAGAUAAACAUAAUGCCAAUGUACUGUAAUUAAGAGAAAUGUAUCUUUUGUGACCAAACCUAAGGGUUUGCAAUAAAAUGUUAAAAACUUA